GAGUGCACUAACCUGUUGGUGAAUCUUGGAGCGUUUCUUUGUAUUUGACGUCAGUGCAGAUAACGUUAACCCACGAGCCUCCGCUAACUGACGGCGCACAGCUGACGUGCGCGCGCCGCGGGGACCUGCUGAGGAGUUCGGGGAACUUUACUCACUUAACGUAACUUAACCUGCAUCAUGUUAGUCUUAGACUGAGCUCAGUAGAAACCGACAUGGCGGAGAUAGAAGAUAUCGGGGAUCUGCCAGCCGAUGAGGAGGACAACGACUCUGAUGAUGAUGAUGAUGAUGAGAGACUUUUAGCUUGGAUGGUAGAUGACGACAUGGAUGAAGAUGACGAGGAGGAAGAGGAGGUGGAGGAAGAUGAUGAACAACCCUUGGACUCUGAAGCAUCGGAGUCGUUUGAGUUGGAGAGCCCAGCAGAGCGCAGUGGUCACAUAGCAGUAGUUGACAGAAACAUCAUGUAUGUCUGGGGGGGAUAUAAGAAUGCUCAAAACCAUGGAUUCUUUGACUUGUAUCUGCCGAGAAACGAGAUCUGGAUUUACAACAUGGAGUCUGCAGUGUGGACGAAGCAGGUCGCUGAAGGCAACCUGCACACAUCCAUGUCAGGAAGCUGUGGGGUGUGUGUGGAUGGAGUCCUCUACUUAUUUGGAGGUCAUCACGCCAGGGGAAAUACCAACAGGAUCUAUCGGCUGCCCCUUAGAGCUCCCAGCCUGGUUUGGGAGGAAAUGAGGGAUCUUAAAGGGCUUCCUCCAUCCUGCAAGGACAAGCUCGGGUGCUGGGUUCAGAAAAAUAGACUUAUAUUCUUCGGAGGCUACGGCUAUGCUGCACAAGGAGCUCAUCUAGGGACUUUUGAAUAUGAUGAAUCUACUUCACAAGUGUGGGACAGCCCUGGGCGAGGCUGGAACAACCAAAUCCACAUACUGGACCUGGAGACGUCUACGUGGAGCCAGCCCAACACCAGGGGGAACACCCCAUCACCCAGAGCAGCUCAUGCCUGCGCCACAGUUGGUAACCGAGGCUAUGUGUUUGGGGGGCGAUACAAGAACUACAGACUAAAUGACCUGUACUACAUUGACCUGGACACCUGGGAGUGGCAUGAAAUGAGCGUUCCACAGCAGGGUCCUGUGGGCCGGUCUUGGCACUCCUUCACUCCCGUGUCGCCAGACCACAUCUUCCUAUUUGGAGGUUUCACCACUGACCGAGAGACACUGAGUGAUGCCUGGCUGUACUAUGUGAGCAAAAAUGAAUGGAAGCCUUUUAAACACAGUCACUCAGAGAGCCCGAGACUGUGGCACACAGCAUGCUCUGGUCCUGAUGGGGAGGUCUUUGUGUUUGGAGGGUGUGCCAACAACCUGUUGUCUCAUCAAAGAGCUGCUCACAGCAACGAGUUACUGGUCUUCAACGUUCAGCCCAAAUCACUAGUUCGAUUCUGCAUGGAGGCCGUUCUGCAGCACAGGGAGCGUUUGUCUAGUUACUGGGACUGCUUACCUAAACACCUGCUGCACAGCCUCAAGCAGAGAAUGACCCGCGUCAACACACUGGGCUCCUAAACCUAGAGGAAGCUCUCAAUCUUGUCCAGAGGAGUGUAUGUAUGCAUGUAUGGAUAAUAUUUACUCUUGAGGCGCGUCGUCCUACCGAAUCAUUAGUUUAAUGUGUGGAUGAAUACAAAGACAUUUUGAAGCAAUAGUGAACAGCUGUGGAGCUGUUGGAGACGGGUCCCACUUUGGUUUUUAUUUCUGUGUUAGAUGAAUGGAUGGUUAAUUGUGUACUAGAUACAAUCUAUAGCAGUGUGUCUGUGAUUCUCGGGAGUUUGCAGGUUUAAACGUACAGUGUGUAGCAUUUGAGGGGAUCUCUUGACAGUAUAAUAUGUAUAAAUGAGAGCUUUGAUUUUGUCGCCUUACAAAUAACAGGUAACAUCUUCAUGUGGAACCGGCUGCCACGUUGCUGCAGUCGCAAAAGGGGAAAACCAGAUGUUGGAUCAGUCUGAAUCGUUUGUCCUUCAUCGGCCGCAUAGUUCUCAGACAUGCUUAGCAUACGGGAGACGUUUCAGUUGGUUAUAAUUGGCUAUAUGCAACCAGAUUCUACACACUGGACCUUUUUAAUGCCUAUGAAAAAUAUCCAAAUGGAAUUUUGUUCAAACGAGGCGCUAACCAGAGCGAUAUUCUAAACCUGAUGUGAAGUGGAUAGAAAACCCCUCUUGGGAUCUGCUUUUCACGAAGACCACUGAAUGAAAGCCUGUGAGAAAAUGCAUCGCAUUGUGGAGGCAAGAAAAUACAGUUUGGAAAAGAGGCCACAAGACUAAAGCUCAUCCUGUAGGUGUAACCAAGUAGGCGGAAGACUUCUGUUCCUUUUUUAAAACAAAACUGCCAAUUAGUGAAAAUGUAGUUUUAUUUUUUUCCACAAAUGCAUACAACUUGAAGAGUGUCAAAUAUCUCCUCACUAAACACAGCGGGCCAAGGAUGAAACAGGUUUGCUUUAACACUUCGAUUUUUUUCAGGGAGGCCGUAUCUUCAAAUUAUGUUUGACAUGAUCUUUAAUACAAAUGUUUGCUGAAUCUUAAACAGUACAAGUCCUAUCAGACCUAAAACUAGUGCUUUGUUACUCAAUAUCUCCUCUCAAGACACGAAUGUUCAUUUUUAUUUUAAAAAAAAUGUCUGAGGGUUCUAUAUUCUGAAAAUAGUGCUUGGUGGCUACGGUAGCCUUUUAGUUUUGUUUUUAAAUCAACUUGCAUACGCCGGGUGUAUUGGAUGCUGAGCCACAUUGCACUGGAAUUCCUAUUGUCAGUAGACUGUUUGUAUUUGCCUGGUUUGCACAAUGUUCAUUGUUUUUUAUUGUGGAACAUGAUGCAUCAUUGCAUUCAUAUUUAAAGAAUAAAACACAUACAAUUAGUUGUGA